GGCUGAAGUUCGAUCGAAGUACUUUAUUUGACUAAUAAAUGUUUUUAAAAAACAAAACAAAACAUGAUGGCGUUUUGCGCCUUCAUCUUCUCGGUCAAAGGAGGGAAGAGAACGAUGAAGCAUGAACUGGACUUGCUUCAAUUUCAGGUAUUAGCCGUCGAGGAUUCUGAAACGAACCUAUGCGACCUCGGACGAAGCUGUGUCGUUCGAUCGCCAGCUUUAGUCUCUCGACCAAUCUCCAACUUCCACCCGAUACCACAAAACGAAGAGUUGCUGAGCAGAGCUGCUUAGCUUUUCUUCAAUCCUGCAAUACUAUCCAGAAGCUCACCCAAAUCCAAACUCUUAUUCUCAAAUUGGGUCUUCGGAAUAACCCAUUAGUCCUCACCAAGUUCGCAUCCACUUCCUCCGAGCUUGAUGCCAUCCACUAUGCUUCGCCAUUUAUAUUCUCUUCCGAAGCCAAUACUCGUGUUUAUGAUGCUUUCCUGUUCAAUACUGUCAUUAGGGCUUAUGCUCAAACGGGUAACUCGAAGGACAAGGCUAUAUAUUUCUACCGAACCAUGCUCGAUUACGGAGUUUUGCCUAAUAAAUUCACUUUCCCAUUCGUCCUCAAGUCCUGUGCGGGCCUUGCACAUUUGAAUUUAGGCAGAUCUGUUCAUGGGUCGGUCGUGAAGUUCGGAUUUGAUGACGAUCUUCAUGUCCAGAAUACAAUGAUUCACAUGUAUUGUUGUUGUAACGAAGGGGUCGAGUCUGCAAGAAAGGUGUUCGACGAAACUCCUAAAUUAGAUUCAGUGACAUGGAGUGCGAUGAUUGGCGGGUAUGCACGUUUAGGCCAUUCUGCAAAUGCCAUUGCAUUGUUUAGGGAAAUGCAGGUUAUUGGAGUUCGCCCAGAUGAAAUCACGAUGGUUUCAGUUUUAUCUGCGUGCACGGAUUCAGGAGCACUUGAGCUGGGGAAGUGGAUAGAAUCUUAUGUUCGCCGAGAAAAUAUCCAACAGCCAGUGGAGCUCUGUAAUGCUCUGAUAGAUAUGUUUGCAAAAUGUGGUGAGAUUGACAAGGCCAUAAAAUUGUUCAGAAAAAUGAGCGUUCGUACUAUAGUUUCGUGGACUUCUGUUAUUGUUGGCCUGGCAAUGCAUGGUCGCGGCGAAGAAGCUGUUUCUGUAUUUGAAGAGAUGAUAGAAGCAGGGGUAGCCCCUGACGAUGUUGCUUUUAUUGGAUUGCUUUCUGCUUGUAGCCACUCAGGGUUAGUUGAAACAGGACGUCACUAUUUCAAUUCAAUGGUUGAGAAAUUCGGCAUUGAGCCCAAGAUAGAACAUUAUGGCUGCAUGGUAGAUCUAUUGAGCAGAGCUGGACUUGUGAAAGAAGCUCUGGAUUUUGUACAACAAAUGCCCAUUGAACCAAACCAAAUCAUUUGGAGAAGCAUAAUCACUGCCUGUCACGCCGGUGGGGAGCUCAAGCUUGGAGAGAGCAUCACAAAACAGCUAAUACAAAACGAGCCGAUGCGUGAAUCUAACUAUGUGCUACUUUCAAACAUUUAUGCAAAAUUGCUGCACUGGGAGAAGAAAAUCAAGAUUAGAGAAAAGAUGGAUAUGAAAGGGAUGAAAAAGAUUCCGGGGAGCACUAUGAUCGAGCUAAAUAAUGAAAUGCACGAGUUUGUGGCUGGAGAUAAAUCGCACCACCAGUACAAGGAAAUAUAUGAAAUGGUGGAUGAGAUGGGAAGGGAGCUGAAGAGGGCAGGGUAUGUGCCUGCAACAUCACAGGUGUUGCUUGACAUUGACGAAGAAGACAAAGAGGAUUCUUUAUACAGACACAGUGAAAAGCUUGCUAUAGCUUUUGCUCUUAUAAAUACACCGCCUGGAACACCAAUUAGAUUUGUGAAGAAUUUGCGUGUCUGUGAAGAUUGCCACUCAGCCACGAAGUUUAUAUCGAAGAUAUAUAACCGAGAGAUUGUGGUAAGGGAUCGCAAUCGCUUCCACCUUUUCCAGAAUGGGUCGUGUUCAUGUGGGGAUUUCUGGUGAGUGGUGACAAAUCCAAGCAUCAAAGGUAUACGAGUCAUUUAAUGAAAACAUCAAACUUUCUUGACCUGAUGGCAUUUCCAGAUUAGAAGCAAUCGAUCGUUUCAAUAUUAUCCAGUCAGGUUCAUAUACCAAGAACACUGAUAACUCAUUUUUCUUCUUUUAACUGAUCUUAAACUACAGCUGGGAAAGUUUAGAAAGCUACAUAGAGUUAUUCUCCGUGACCGGAUUCCAAUUAGUUGUGGGCGAUUGUCUUCCUUCUGAUAAACCAAACCCAGGCCAGUGUUUCACAAAUGGAUUAAUGACAGCCCAAAUGCCCUAUCAAUGAUGUAAGCAUGUGACUCAAACCGUUAAAAUGAAUUUAUUAAUGAAAGGAUUAAGAUUCUGGGUUCGUUGGAACCUGGAAGGGUAGUGAAAUGGUCCCUUAAUUGAUGCGGUGCACAUUCAUUUUUUAUGCUGAGGAAUUUGGUGGCUACCAACCCCAUUCUUUUACUAUAUCUUGAGACAUAAAUGGAGUGCUGAACGCUUAGCGUUAGUGAUAGGAAAGUCGAUUUGAAUUGGCAGCAGCGGGGACCAGGGUAAGCUAAAGCCUAAA